AUGCGUCUCCAGACACUCGUACCCCCUCUGCCCCAGGAUCUAGUUGACGCUUUGGAAAAUGUGGGGAUCAAGACGGACAUGGAUCUUCUUUUUUCUGGCAGUGCACUCCAAAUUUUCAAGAUAUUGCCUCCCGGAUCUGUUAGUCCCCAUGAGUUCUCCGAGUUAGUCUCGCAUGUUGCUGCCCGAAUAUCAGCUCCUGCGAUCCGUGGAGAUGCACUUCUUACCCUGGAAGAGAAAAGGUUCGAAGCUCACUUUCACGGAGACGGUAUGUCCAGCGGUGUCUUAUCUUUGGAUGAACUCGUUGGCGGAUUCGGUGGAUCUCGAAUCAUUGAAAUUGCUGGAGACAAGGCAGCCGGAAAGACGGCGUUAGCUCUUCAAGUGGUGCUAAGGCAUCUCUCAAACGUUGUUCCCAUCCUACUAGAGCACUGUGCCGGAAAUGCUGUCUCCACAGUUCUGGAUAGACUGCAGGUCGCACUCACCUUUGACAUCGAAGCAGCAGAGGACGUCUUGGAAACUCUGCGAUCGUCUCUUUCAGACCGUGAUGCUUCCCCUGUCAUGCGCUGCGUAGUCAUUGACUCCAUAUCGUCACUUCUCAGCCCCUUGUUGAGUGCGACCUCUUCCCAAGGUCAUGCCAUUAUGACCACCUUCAUGCGGCAACUGCGCGCCCUUGCGGACGCGUUCUCGCUUACCAUCCUCGUGAUUAACACAUCUUCCGGGUCAUCUCCCUGGAAUCCGGACUCGGCAUUCUUAUCCACAACUCGAAAACCGGCUUUGGGACCUUCCUUCACAUUUCUCACUGAGACUACUCUCUGGCUGGCCAAGUGCGAAUCAGAAGGCGAUGAUCCGGAGCAAGAAUGUACCACACAUGUUGCAGAAGUUUUCAGGUCAAGGACAAAGCGUUCGAAAACAUGGUGCUCGUUCAAAAUUCGCCGUGGCGUCUUGUUGAGCGAUGAGUGA